CUCUCUAACUUUUCUUCAAACUCAUAGUUCCUGAAAUUCCUUUCUCCUUUCCUAGGACACAAAAAGAGAGAGAGAGAGAGAAAGAGAUGGCCUUGAGAUGGCUUCUUCACUCCGCAUGUCAUGUUUUAGGGUAUCCGAACAAUGAGGCAAGUUACAGGCAGGGUAGCCAUGUCUUAGGGUACCCUAAUGAACAACAUGCUAAUGGAGUCAUGAAAAGCGGAAAGCCCAUCGCAGAGAUGGAGGUUAAGAUGGAAACAUACCCUUCAGGAGGGUUCCAGUUGCCUCUUCAUUACCCUCGAUACACCAAGACUGACUACCAGAAGAUGGAAGAAUGGAGGGUGGACAUGCUUCUUAGAGAAUAUGGGCUCAGCAUUAAGGGCACCCUUGAAGAGAAGAGAGCAUUUGCAAUGGGGACAUUCUUGUGGCCUGAUCAAUAUUGAUCAGCUAAUAUCAUUUGGCUUUAUACCUACAAUAAGUCCGUCCCUUUUCUGUGUUCCUACUAUAGGUCCCUCGAUCUUGGGUAAAUCAUGCAUAUAUGGCUCAGCCUAAGACGUCUCCUCAUCAAGAGUUAUUAUAUGUAUGGGAUUUCUUCUGAGUGGAGACCAAGAAUAAUCUAAAUAUUAUGUACUUAGAAAUGUUGAUUUACGUGUAAUCAUUUUGCUGUCUCUUAACUUUCUUGCACGGGUUAAUCAAAUUUUGUUCAUGUGUGACAGAUUCAACUCCUUCCUAAAGAGAAAUCGUUGGUCCCUUCAUUGUCAA